GAUUCUGCUGUCCUACUGGUUUGGCAAGUUCCCUGGGCUCAAAGCAGCGUAGAAAGGCGGAGAAGAGGGCAGAAACUCACAUUUGCGCACAUUUAUACACUUCACUUGUCCCGCAGACGUUAUACGAGAGGAGUCAUGGAGUCUGCUGUUCAGACCCUGGUGAAGGUCUUCCUGAAGUCGAGCAAGGGAAAAGAGAGUCUGGGAAAAAAUCAGUUCCAGGGCCUUGUCAAGAGCCAGCUUUCCAACAUCCUUUCGGACACAGAAAGCAAGGAGGCGGUCAACAACAUGGGCCAGGGAUUGGAUGCCGACCACGACGGUAAGGUUGGUUUUGAGGAGUACUUGAAGCUGGUCGGCUACCUGGCGGUCUCGCUCAGUGAGCAGCGCAACGUCGCAAAAGAGGAGCCUGCACAAAAUUCUGCAUCCGUAGUGGCACAAAGCGCCCCCGACAAAGAGGAGGAGAAGCCAGAGGCAAAAGCAGAGGCAAAGGAGGAAGCAAAGCCAGAAGUGAAGGAAGAGGCAAAGGUAGAAGCAGUUGCUGAAGUACAGGUAGAAGAAAAUGCAGAUGGUAAUGUAGAAGCAAAGGCAGAAAUAAAGUCCGAAGAGGAGACGCAGCCUGAGGCAGCGAAGGAGAAGGAGAAGCCAGCCGCAGCAGUGGUGGCGGCAGCAUUAGAGGAGGCAACAGUGGAAGUGGUCGUGAAAGAAGAGGAGGUGAAGGUGGAAACAGAAAAGGUGGAGGAAGCUGUAGAGAAGGUGGCUGCAGCUGUGGAGGAAGAAGUGGAGAAGAAGAUAGAUGAGGCGACCUCAUAGGGGACAAUCCAUUCCUUCACAAAAACAUCACACUACACGCUUAAAAUCAACACUACACAUAACACAGCAUUAAUGCCAAAAUAAGCCACUAAAGAUUUUUUCAAAUAGACAAAACUUUGAAAUAAAAAAAUAUCGCUAAAAGUUCAAACAUUACAAACCCAUCUGAAAAACCCCAUUCCUCGUAUAUGAUAAAUAUGUAGGCUACAUGACAUUGCUUUGUACUACUAGUUACCACUAUGUUCAUAUGUACAGCAUGUGCAUCCCACUAUAUAGCACAUUUACCUCAUUAUGAUAAUAUACUAUGAUAGCAUGCAGAAGUACACUACCAUAUGCAUGCCUUAUCCCUGUGAAAAGUUUACUGGAAAUGAUGACUUACCCACAGCAGCACACUGACACACGUGACCAAAUUCAUUUUAAAUACCAUCCUCUCCCCACUUUUAUCUUUAUCUGGGCUUUUUUCAACUCCUCUACACUACUUAGCCUACUAUACGUUGGUCCUUAGUAAAACAUUAGAAGUAUAUAUAUGAGAGUAAAGAUAUAUCUUGCUAAGCACGAUGGGGUGUGGAUUUUGUUACAUUCGAGCUGAGCCAAGCUAGCUGUAGCUUCAUAUUUAUCAUACAGAUCAUUAGAGACUGGUAUCAAUCUUCUCAGAUGACGCUCAGCAAGAAUGCUAAUAAUUUCCCACAACGUCAAACUUCUGAUAAUGGUUGCAUAAAAAUCUGUCAAUAACACUAUAUACAUUUUUUUACAUUCUCAUCGUCUCACUCACAAUGCUAUGUAGUUAAUUUGGCAUGACAAUAACACAUUGUUUUGCUGAAGAUUUGCAUUCCUUCAACCCAUUUUAAUUGUGUACUCAAUGCCCCAUCACACCCUUAUCUCUCUCUGUUUUUUACUUUAUCGGCUCUUUCUUUUAAUUUCUGUCCCAGUAAGGUUCACUCCAUGUGGAUCCUACAGUAUAUUCUCUUAACUCAUAGUUAGACACGGACUAGGAACUGGAAGAUCAAGUGUGGCCCUUGGCUAAAUAAUUAAGGUUCAAGAAUGAAAUCCACACCAAAGGACCUUUACGGUCAAAAGGGAGCCCAAAAUAGUCCCAUGGGAGUGGGCUGUUGACUAGAGGAGUUGGCCAGAGAACAUGUUCAUGCAACCUAAUCCCCCUGGAUUACAACUGGUAGAGAAGAACAACAUAACAAACACCAAGAAGUAAAGAAACCCAUAACAGGUGUCAUUUGGUGGCAGUUUUUAUCUGAAUUACUUAACAAUGCAAUUAGUGCAUUUUUAUUUGUUAUGUGUAUUGCAUUUCAAUGGUUAUUGAUCUAUAAAUGUGCUGCACGGUCCAUUAUCUGGAGGGACCCUGGUAGAACUGGAGUGAAGUGAUAGGAACUUGGCUCUCUUUAAAGUUGCUAAUUGUUACUUGUUGUUUUCUGCUGGUUUUAGCACCAGUUGUUCAGGCAACUGAACGUGUUUGUUUGUCGGUCACCCCAUCAUACAGAUUACAGACUCUGUUUGACCUGCAACUGGAUGCUUGAGUCACAGACAUUGGGAAACCACUGGAUUAGGCAUUUGAAGGGUAACACACCCUGGGACACAAACAAUUACAUGAAAGUAAUCCCGGGCUUCAGUGAUCCUGCCCAUCAGACAAGGUAGUAGUGUCAGAGAUAUCGUUGUCGGAGGUGCAUUUUUUAAAAAGCAAAAU